AGGGAGACCGGGUCCUCUGUAAACCUCAGCGCUGUCUCCCCAGCCCCGCCUCUACGUGGUUGCAAUUGGUUCCGGCUUGGUCAGAGGUCUCCUGCGAUUGGUGGAGAGCAAUGGGAGACGUCACUCGGCAGCGUGUACCCCGCCCACCUCGGUGUGAGUCUCCGUUAUCUGCCUCCGGGAGGGACACAUGUGGCGGCGGCGGGAGGAACGGAGCGACCGGGGAGCCCGGGGGUACAGACUCCCCACAAGAGGAAGAUGAUUAUGGAGGCUGCUCCUGCAGACAGCAAUCUGUACCCGACGCACCACGAGAAAGACGACAGUAUCCGGAAGGGAUGUGACCCGUUUGCCCAGACGCAGCGCAGUAAGUUGCAGCACCGACGAGCUCGCAUCAAUCAGCAGAUCAACAAGGAGAUGAGGAUGAGAGCGGGAGCAGAAAACCUCUUCCGGGCCACUACCAACCACAAAGUCCGGGAGACCGUGGCACUAGAGCUCAGCUACGUCAACUCCAACCUGCAGCUUCUGAAAGAGGAACUGGAGGAACUGAACAGCUCGGUGGAGGUCUAUCAGAAUGAGAGUGACGCCAUCAGUGUUCCCAUGAUCCCGCUCGGAUUGAAAGAGACUAAAGAUCUGGACCUGGCGGAACCUCUGAAAGAUUUCCUUGCUGACCACUAUGGUGAAGACGGCAGCCUCUAUGAGAAGGAGAUAAAUGAGCUCAUGAAUCUACGACAGGCCAUGAGGACCCCCAGUCGCAGUGAGGCCGGCCUCGAGCUCCUGAUGGAGUAUUACAACCAGCUUUACUUUCUGGACAACCGUUUUGUCCCCACUAACAGGACCCUGGGCGUCUUCUUCCACUGGUACGAUUCUCUGACUGGGGUUCCGUCCUGCCAGAGGGCUCUGGCUUUUGAGAAGGGAAGUGUGCUGUUCAAUAUGGGAGCCCUUUACACCCAGAUUGGGGCAAGACAGGAUCGCCUGACUGUGCACGGAGUGGAGACGGCCAUUGAUGCCUUUCAGAAGGCUGCGGGGUGCUUUAGUUACUUAAAAGAGAACUUCUCCAACGCCCCGAGCCUGGACAUGAGUGCGGCCUCCCUGAAUAUGCUGGUGCGGCUGAUGAUCGCGCAGGUCCAGGAGUGCAUCUUUGAGAAGUUUGUCCUGGAGAACCCCCAGAAUAACUUCUUCUCCCAGCUCCAGUUGGCUCAGGAAGCGGCCAGAGUUGAAGACGUAUAUACGUUGGUAUACAGAACCAUGAUGCAUCCACCUGUUAAAGACUAUGUCCCUUUCUCUUGGACCACCAUGGUCCGUGUAAAAGCCGAACAUUUCAAGGCACUGUCCCACUACCACGCUGCUAAUGCUCUGUGUGACUUCUCCACCUCACCGGGACAGGAGUUGAUGGAUCACGAGAAGGCGUUCCUGCAGUUCCACACCACACCACCAGAGGGCCUCAACAUCAGCUUCUUGCUACAAGACCAAGAGGAGCGCAGGAAACUAGGUAAGGCCCACCUGAAGACUGCAGUGAUGAAGCAUGAAGAAGCCAUGCGGAUCCACGGCUUGUGUAAGAUUCUCCGGAAGAUGGACAUCCUGCAGGAAGUCCUCGCCCUGGCGCACAAGCGCUCGCUCAGUAAUUACUCAGACAUCGACCACGAGGAGGAUUUCUUUGAGACUGGUGACGCCCCUGACAUUCAGCCCAGAACCCAGCAGAAGCCGGAGAUAAAGAUCCCAGUCUUCGCUAAGGUGAAAGUGACGGACAUUUUCCACCGCCUGGGUCCGCUGUCUGUGUUCUCGGCAAAGCACAGGUGGCGGCCGGCACAGAAGGUCCACCUGGCCCGGGGAGAUGAUGGCUUUGGGUUCACGCUGAGAGGGGACUCUCCGGUGCUGAUCGCGGGAGUGGUCCCUGGAGGCUGUGCAGAUUGUGCCGGCGUGAAGGAGGGUGCUUACAUCGUGUCGGUGAAUGGGGAGGACUGCAAGUGGGCCAAACACUCUGACGUGGUUCAGUUGCUGAAAGACGCAGGGAAGGAAGGCGUGGACAUAGAGGUGGUGACGUUCCAGAGCGCCGACAUGCACAACAUGGUGCUGGACAAGAAGACGUCUAUGCUGACGUCCAGCGAGAUCCUGAGAGGUAAUAAGGAGAACGGCAGGAAGACCAUCGUCAUCAGUAAACACUCCAGCACCCUCUUCCUCUGGAAUAGGAAAAAUAAUGGCGGCAAGCGGAACCCGAACAUCCCGAAUAUCAGCGCUCUCCAGCUGCCGUUCAGCGCCGUGCAGAGCAAUGAGUCCAUGUACUGAAUCCAGACUCUACCCCACUGCCAGAAACGGGACCAGCGCCUGGAAUAAGCCCCCGAUUCCCGGUAUCCCUGCGCACACGUAUACCGGCACAGCCGCGCUCGCUGUGAUCCUGCCUUCCAGGCUGAGACUUUAUUUUCCUCUCUGUAAAUAGGUGUAAAAGAUAAUUUAUAAAUUGCUCUGUGACGUGAUGGACACGAGGACCGGAGUGAUAGACAUUAUUUUGUGGUAAUUAAAUGGAUUGUUUAGGAAAUAAAACAGGUUGUUACUAGUACA